GUCUAACUCGCUAGAUGAUAAAACAAUAUACAACAUCCUUAUCAUCAUUAGGCCUGUCCACAAGAGUUUGAACAUACAACCAGCAUUUACAGCCUUACAUUAUAGGUAGGUAGCUAGCCAAAUUUGACCAUUUGCAAGAAACAAACCAGCACAAAUACCAUUAAUCUGGGUAGUAGACCCAUCAAAUUUGCAGAGAAAGCAUGUUUUUGGAAUCUCUUAUCUAAAAGACUGUUUAUAGAUCUAGAGAGAGCUUCGACUGCUGUUAUUCAUGGGAGAAAUUCAAGAAGUGCAGCUCCAGAUAAGAUGCAAGUUAUACCCACACUUACCAACUCUUUCUUCAUGUCAAGAAUCAGCAGGAGUACAAGGAAAAGUGGCAAGUGAUGAAGCUUUUCCGACCAAAUUACGGUCUUCGAAUAGAAUAAGACAAUACAACUGGUGGUUCAGAGUCAUACUUUAUGCGUUUUUUCUCUUAUCUGGACAAGCAGUCGCCACUCUAUUGGGUAGACUUUACUAUGACAAGGGUGGAAGUAGCAAAUGGAUGGCAACUCUCGUCCAGUCGUCUGGAUUUCCAGUCCUCUUUGCUCCGCUCUUUAUCUUCAAAGUAUACUCGCCAGAGUCUAGCUCAACUGUCAUCACUUCGAAAGCCUCACCAUCUGUAUUUGCACUUACACUUGUCUAUUUGUCCCUAGGCCUAAUGUUUGCAGGUGACAACAUGAUGUAUUCAAAUGGAUUGCUGUAUCUUCCUGUUUCUACUUACUCCCUUCUAUGUGCAACCCAACUAGCUUUCAAUGCCAUCUUUUCCUACUUUCUUAAUUCUCAGAAACUUACUCCUUUCAUAUUCAAUUCUUUGGUUCUCCUCACCAUUUCGGCUUCCCUUCUUGCCGCGGAACCCAACUCUGCAGACACAACAAAAGUUUCGAAAGGUAAAUAUGUCAUCGGAUUCUUAUGCACACUCGGCGCAUCAGCAGGUUACUCCUUGUUGCUUUCAUUAACACAACUUGCCUUCCAAAAGGUGAUAAAAAAAGAGACAAUUACCGCUGUCCUAGAAAUGCAAAUAUUUCCAUCCUUGGUCGCUACUUGUGUUUGCGUAGUCGGGAUCUUUGCCAGUGGGGAUUGGAAGCAUCUAAAGAAAGAGAUGAAUGAGUAUGCAGAAGGUAAGGUUUCCUAUGUGAUGACUUUGGUGUGGACUGCAAUUACUUGGCAGAUAUCUUCUGUUGGUACAGUAGGGUUGAUAUUAGAAGCAACUUCACUCUUUACCAAUGUCAUUAGCACAUUAGGUUUACCUAUUAUCCCAAUUUUUGCAGUGAUAUUUUUUCAUGACAAGUUGAGUGGGAUUAAGGUGGUGGCAAUGUUUUUGUCCCUUUGGGGUUUUGUUUCUUACAUCUAUCAACAUUAUAUUGAUAACGGAAAAACGAAAGAAACAACGACCGAUGUUGAUCUAAAAGAAGAGAAACUAUAAUGUGUCUUCUCUAUUUAUUAUACACUAUCACUUGAUAACAUAAAAUGUGUUUCGAGAUUUUGUUUGGAAUCUAUGUAUAUGUUUUUUCAAGGAUAAAGAACAGUAGUUACAACUCUCAAA